AUUUGGGAUGGGGAAUAGACACAGAGCCAGUCUGGGAUAACGGGGAGAGGGGAAAUUUGGGACGGGAAUGGACACAGAGCCAGUUUGGGAUAACGGGGAGAGGGGAAUUUUUGGGAUGGGGAUGAGGAGAGGGCCCCGGGGCCAGGAGUGGCCUUGGUGGACGCUGCAGGUGUGGCCCAGGGGUGGUGCCAGCAGCGGCCGUGUCCCCUCUGGAGCCACGGAGCCUCUCCUGGGGUCACGGCCUCACCCUGGCUCCGGUUCAGGAUCCUCGGAAUGCCGGGAUGGAGCUGCGUCCCUCGCCGUGACCGCGGGAGGGUCGCUGUGCCUGGCGCCGGAGGAACCCCCGCGGGAGUGGACAGAGAUCAGCUGGAAACUGGAAAUUACUUCAGGAGAAUGGCAGCGGAUCCUGGCAGUCACCAGGGAUGAAAUUGUCUCCUAUCCCAAUGGUCCGUUCCAUGGGAGAGCGAAAUUCCAGCGGGAAAACCUCUCCCUGUGCAUCUCCCCGGUCCACAGAGCCGAGAGCGGGCUCUAUGGGGCCGAGUUUCACAAUGGGGCAGAAAUUUCCUUUUCGUGCUUCCGAGUGUCCGUGUGGGAGCCCAUCCCGCCGCCGGAGCUGCGAUCCCACAUCCUGCAGCGGGACCGGGGCCGGUGCCACCUGGCCCUGCUCUGCUCCAGCCCCGGCAACGUCUCCUACAGCUGGGCCUGUGCCGGGGAGCCCGCGGGGGAGAUCCCGGGGGAGCCCCCGGGGCAGAUCCCGGGGCAGAUCCCGGAGCAGAUCCCGGGGCAGAUCCCGGGGCAGAUCCCGGGGCAGAUCCCGGGGAUCCCCUCCCGGCUGCUCCGGACGCUCCCCGAGGGCGCCGAACCCCAAAUCUGCCUCUGCAACGUCAGCAACCCCGCGGGGUGGAGCGCGGCCCGCGCCCGCCUCACCUGCCCAGAGGGUUUGGGCCGCUGGACGCCGCUGGCCGUGGCGGCGGCCGCGGGGCUGAGCCUGCUGCUGCUGGGCGGCUGCUGCUGCUGCUGGAGGACGAGGAGGACGAGGAGGAGGAGGAAUUCCCGGGAAGGGACCCCCGGAACCCCUCCAGAGCAGGCGCUGACCAUCUACGCCGAGGUGGGAGAGAAGAAACCCCGCCAGGACGCCGCCGGGUCCGGCGAGGCCACCCAGGAAGGAGCCACGGUCUACGCCGUGGUGGCUCCCAGGACGCUGGAGCACCCCAGGCACCGGGAGGAGCCCGGGAAUGUAACCAUUUACUCCACGGUCCAGAUCGACCGCAGGCCUUCCUCCAUCAAGAGGAAGAGGCUGGAACGAUCUUUGGUCUCCACCGCCUACUUGGAGGAUAACGGGGGUUACAGGCGCUUGGGCUUCCCAAAUCCUGCCAGCCACCAGCGCCCCUAAAACCCCGGAAUUCCCAUUCCGGUGGAGUUCCCCUCCUGGAAACUCCAGCGGCCACUGGGAUCCACGGAAUGGAAAUAUCCAGAAAUUCGGGUUUUUUUCCCCCAAGAUUCAACCCCCAGCUGCGCCUUGGAGCGAAGAUUUGGGGAUGGAACACUCGGGAAGGGAUGGAUUUGGGAUUGGGCAGGCGGGCGGGAAUUCUGUGGGGUUUUAAGGGUUUGGAAAUUUGGGAAUCCUUUUUUUUUUUUUUUCUUCUUCUUGGUGAAGAGUGCGAAGAGGUUUGGGUUCGCCAGUCUGAGUUUCCCGUCCAACACAUCAGUUCUGGAAUUUUGGGGUGGGUUUAGGCCCGGCCAAACCCCAGGCGCUCACUGGAGUCGUUUGUGCUGUGAGAUCUGGAUUAGGGAGAAGAGGGAAAAACAGGCUCAAAACUUAAAAGGGCGCAACAAAAUCUUUAUUCAAUGAGUUAAAAAAUAAAAAAAAAAAUCAGAAUAAAACUUCGGAACGCUUU